CGGCGGCGGCGGCACCUCCGUCCGCGCCUCUGUCUGUCCGUCCGUCCGUCCGCCCCAUCCCACCCCGUGCCCGGGGCGCGGCCUCGGCGGGGCAGGGGCACCCCCUCCCCCGGGGCUCGGCGAGCUGGAGGAUUCCCCAGCGGCAGGGCGCUCCCAGGACCUGAUGGAGUGGUGAGAGCUGGCUCCGGAGGGGCUGGAAGGAGCAUGGUCAAACACCAACCCCUGCAGUACUACGAGCCCCAGCUAUGUCUGUCCUGUCUGACCGGGAUCUACGGCUGCCGCUGGAAACGGUACCAGCGGUCACAUGAUGACACCACCAAGUGGGAGCGCCUCUGGUUCCUCAUCCUCACCUCAUCCUUCUUCCUCACCCUGGUCUGGUUUUACUUCUGGUGGGAAGUUCACAAUGACUACAAUGAAAUCAACUGGUUUUUAUACAACCGAAUGGGAUAUUGGAGUGACUGGUCCAUUCCAAUCCUUGUCACAACUGCUGCUGGCUUCACCUACAUCACAGUGUUACUGAUCCUGGCACUAUGUCACAUAGCUGUGGGACAGCAGAUGAACCUGCACUGGCUGCACAAGAUUGGCCUGGUGACAACCUUGAUAACCACGGUGGUGACCAUGUCAUCCAUAGCCCAGCUCUGGGACGACGAGUGGGACAUGGUCUUCAUUUCACUGCAGGCCACAGCCCCUUUCCUGCACAUAGGAGCCCUGGCAGCGGUCACGGCGCUGUCCUGGUUGGUGGCGGGGCAGUUUGCACGGACAGAGAAACCCACCUCCCAGAUGCUGAUGUUCACCGCGUACCUCGCGGUCGUCGUUGCACUUUACCUCGUCCCCCUCACCAUCUCCUCCCCUUGCAUCAUGGAGAAGAAGGCCCUGGCACCAAAGCCAGCCAUCAUCGGGCACCGUGGAGCACCCAUGGUGACCAGCAAACACUUGUUGCACCACGAUGGAGUUCCCUUCCUGAUGCACGACAGGACACUCAGGAGAACCACGAACGUGGAGGAGGUGUUCCCAGAGCGGGCCUACGAGCACUCCUCCAUGUUCAACUGGACUGACCUGGAGAAGCUCAACGCUGGGGAGUGGUUCCUUCAGAAUGAUCCUUUCUGGACAGUGGGGUCUCUCUCAAGGUCUGACUACUUGGAAGCUGCCAACCAGUCAGUCUGCAAGCUGCAGGACAUGCUGGAGGUGAUCAAGGACAACACAUCACUCAUCCUGAACUUCCAGGACCUGCCAUCAGCUCACCCCUACUACAGCACUUACAUCAACAUCACCCUGGAAACCAUCCUGGCAUCGGGAAUUCGGCAGCAGGCUGUGAUGUGGCUGCCGGACACGGAGAGGCAGCUGGUCAGGCAGGUGGCCCCGGGCUUCCAGCAGACCUCCGGCCUCAAGCUGGACACGGAGAGCCUGAGGGAGAAGGGCAUCGUGAAGCUCAACCUGCGCUACACCAAGGUGACGAGCGAGGAUGUCAGGGACUAUGCCAUGGCCAACCUGAGUGUGAACCUGUACACGGUGAACGAGCCCUGGCUGUUCUCCAUCCUCUGGUGUACCGGGGUCCCCUCGGUCACCUCCGACAGCUCCCACGUCCUCCGCAAGGUGCCUUUCCCCAUCUGGCUCAUGCCUCCAGACGAGUACCACCUAAUCUGGAUCACGUCUGAUCUCAUUUCAUUUAUCAUAAUUAUAGGAGUUUUUAUAUUCCAGAAGUGGCGCCUGGGGAGCAUCAGGACCUACAACCCGGAGCAGAUCAUGCUCAGCGCCGCCGUGCGCCGCUCCAGCCGCGACGUCAAGAUCAUGAAGGAGAAGCUCAUCUUCUCAGAGAUCAACAACGGUGUGGAGCCCACGGAUGAGUUGUCCUUCUGCUCUGAGAAUGGCUUUGCCAAUGAGAUCCUGACCCCCACGGACCCCCGGGACUCCAAGCUGCGGAUGAACUGAGGGGCUCUGGGCCAGCCCCGUGUGCUCCCUGGCAGUGAGAGCCGUGCUCUUCUGCUCCCUGUGGGAUGGGAACCCUGGAGGAACUGCUGGUCGGGCAGAGACCCCUUCCCAUACCCCACCACUAACUGCUCCACCUCCCUGGUUGCGAGGUUGGGGGGCUUAUUUUUGUACAUAUGUAGAAAAUUCGAAUUUUUUUUGUCUGUUUUUUUUUUUUUUUGAGUGUAAUUUUUCCAGGGCAUGAGUGGAAAUACCGUGUUUAUUAAACCCUCAACCUUAUGGCUGGAGGUAUUUGAAUCUUGAUGUGAAAGCCUGAGUCCCCUUGGGGGUUCUGGGAACAUGUUGGACGUGUGUCCCUGUUCUCCCCCUUGCCCUUCCCCAACCCUUCCCUUGGUGCAGCGACUGUGUAGCUGAACGUUGUGGUGUUCUUGUGAAGUGUUGAUUUUGUUAUGGGGUUUUUUUCUGUUUCUCCCUCGUUCCCUUUUUCCUGGGCAAUUAAAUUGUAGCUGUGAUGCACCAGGAGGCUGUUUGGAGGAGAGAAGCUUUCCUGGGAGAGGAACCUUCCCUGCUGAAGCUCAGAACCAGGGAAGGGGUUGCACUGGCUCAGUCACUUGGGCACCUUCUCCUUGUCCCAUCCUCCUUCCCCAAAGCCUGGAUGCUCCAUGGGGAACGGCCUUUUCAAAAAGUCCUGCUGCAGUUUUGAAGGCAAAUCCUGAGCGCUGGCUGGAGUUUGGCCUCUGCUGGCAACAGGUUGGAUUUUUUUUUUUCCCCCUUUUUUCUUUCUUUCCAUCUUCUCCCCGAGUUGGGCUCUGUUGGGGGGCCCGGGUGGCUUGUGAAAAGCAAUGCCAGGGGCACCAUCACUGCUUGGAUCUGGUUGAAGUGCCUGCCACUCCAAGUGGCGUUUGCAGCCGCUCCCUGCUUCCCAUUCCUUGCACCCUCAUCACAAGGGGAGGUGGUGCAGUGUGAGCUUCCCCUUCUCUGGGCCAGCGAGGUGCCCACGGGUGAAGGAGUUGUAAAUAGUUUGGAAGGCAAAGCAGCCCCAGAGUAUAAUUAUUAUUCCUGCAAGGAGACCUUUCCUCCUUGCUUUGAAGGCAGGAUCCUUAAAGCUGCACGUUCGUGUCCUCCAAAGGAGUGAUGGUCUUGCAGCAGAUGCCGAGGGGCUCGUGGAGGCAGGAGCUCCCCUCAGCGUGUUUCCAAUGCAAAAGGCUUCAAACCAAAAUCCUAGACCAGAGGUUAAAAGUUAAAAAAAAAAAAAAAAAGAAAAGAAAAGCUCAGAAACCAAGUUGGGGACAGUUGAAUUUUAUCCCCUCCCUGAGGCGGUCUCAGCUCUCUGCUGGGACCUUCAAGGCCUCGUGGAGAGGAGCCUGUUUCUGGGUCACUUUGCUGUUCCCAAGGAGCUGAAGCCAGCUGGAAGGCUGCUGGAGCUGGGAAUGGCUCUUGGCUCGGUGUUGGGUUGUUCCCUUCCUCGCCGGAUCUUGGUGGGCACCGUGAGCAACGUGAGGAACCCUCC